ACCAAAAUGAUUUCCGAAUUUCGAAAAAUGAAAUAUCUCUACCUAUUUCAUGCUUUUUUCGACACGAACUCGAGUGGGAGUAUAGAUAAAAAAGAUUUUGAGGUGGCUAUAGAAAAUAUUGCAAAAUUGAGAGGAUGGAAACCUGGAGAUGAUAAACAUAAAGAAACAGAAAAAUCCUUGAUGGAUAUUUGGGAGGCUCUAGAGAAUGCAGCCGAUGCAAAUAAAGAUGGUCAAAUAUCAAUUGAAGAAUGGCUGACGAUGUGGGAAGAAUUUGCUAAAAAUCCUUCAGAACCUUUCGAAUGGCAGACAAUGUAUUGCAAAUUCAUUUUUGAACUCGAAGAUGCCAGUAGUGAUGGAGUUAUAGAUAGUGAGGAAUUCUCAACAGUUCACGAAUGUUUUGGACUCCAAAAAGAAGACAGUGAAGCUGCCUUUAAAUUCAUGACUAGAGGAAAGAAAACAAUUACAUGGGAUGAGUUUCAAGAGUUAUGGAAACAGUAUUUUACUUCCGAAAACCCUAUAGACCCUGGUAAUUUUAUAUUUGGUGCAGCUACCUAUUAA